GAAUAGCAGUUUGAUUUGUGUCGAGCUCAAAAAUGUCUGUGCACUCACCCAAUCCCGCCCUGAUCCUGCAGAGCAAGCGCUUCAAUGGACUACGCAACAUUCUGGAACGCGAGGGUCCCUUCUGCAAGGACGAUUUCUCGGCAUCGCCGGACAACCUGGAGUUCCUGCAGACCAAGUGCCAAGUCCUGAUCAUCGGAGCCGGCGGUCUGGGAUGCGAACUGCUAAAGGAUUUGGCUCUGAUGGGAUUUGGCAAUCUGCACGUCAUCGAUAUGGACACCAUCGAGCUGUCCAACUUGAACCGGCAGUUCCUUUUCCGUCGCUCAGACAUUGGCGCCUCGAAGGCGGAGUGUGCAGCGCGCUUCAUCAACGGUCGAGUACCAACUUGCCGGGUGACGCCUCACUUUAAGAAGAUCCAGGACUUCGACGAGACAUUCUACCAGCAGUUUCACCUAGUUGUAUGUGGCCUGGAUUCGAUCGUGGCCCGUCGCUGGAUCAAUGGCAUGCUCCUCUCAAUGCUGCGUUACGAAGAAGAUGGAACCAUAGAUGCCAGCUCUAUAAUACCAAUGAUUGAUGGCGGCACCGAAGGUUUCAAGGGCAAUGCCCGUGUCAUCUUGCCUGGCUUUACGGCAUGCAUUGAGUGCACCUUGGACUUAUUUCCGCCGCAGGUCAACUAUCCCCUGUGUACCAUUGCCAAUACUCCCCGACUGCCUGAGCAUUGCAUUGAGUACGUAAAGAUCAUACAGUGGGAGAAACAGAGCCCAUUUGGAGUGCCCCUGGAUGGCGACGAUCCACAGCACAUUGGAUGGGUUUACGAAAGGGCUUUGGAGCGUGCCAACGAGUUUAACAUCACCGGAGUGACAUAUCGGUUGGUUCAGGGAGUUGUGAAGCAUAUAAUCCCCGCUGUGGCCAGUACAAAUGCAGCCAUAGCUGCUGCAUGUGCUUUGGAGAUCUUUAAGUUGGCCACCAGCUGCUACGACAGCAUGGCCAACUACUUUAACUUUAACGAUCUCGAUGGAAUCUAUACGUACACCUACGAGGCUGAAAAGUCGGAGACCUGCUUGGCCUGCAGUAACACGCCACAAUUGCUGCCCAUCGAGGAUCCAAACACCACCACACUGGAGGAUGUGAUCAAGCUGCUUUGCGACUCGCCGCGCUUCCAGCUUAAAAACCCAGCUCUCACCACUGUGAUGAAGAACGGCAAGCAGAGAACUCUUUACAUGUCCACAGUAAAGAGCAUUGAAGCGGCCACCCGGAAGAACCUGACGCAAUCGCUGGGCGAACUGGGUCUGCAGGACGGACAGCAGCUGACAGUCACCGAUGUCACGUCGCCCUCCGCCAUGACCCUGCAGCUUAAGUAUCAGUCUAACGAGGUGGAAAUGGUCUGAGUUGUAUCACAGUAGAUAACAAUUUAAUUAUCCAAUAUAUGUACAUACAAAUAAAGGCUUAGCCUCUCAUGUUGCGCAUCUAA